UCCGUCCCUGCUCGGGUUCCUGCUUCCUGCAGGAAGCUUCUGGGAGGAUGGGAGUUGUUUACCACCUCAGGCAAUAGCAGCCCCGAAGCGUGCCCCAGCGUGGUGGGUGCUGCUCAGGACCGAAGAGGGAAACUGGCCAGGGGUGAGGAAGGCUAGCCCAGGCCACAAGCUCCCAGCAGCAGCUGGCCUUUGGAGCUGGAGAGGGAUGGAGAUGACUGUUGGUCCCUUACUCUCAGGAUUGGAAGUUGCUGGCCUCUGAACAGCCCGGGAUUUAUGGAGACGCCUGUGGGGAGCAGCUUUGAAUACUGCCACGCGCAACAUCGCGCCCGCCGGUGAGGAGGCGCCCGUGCCCGGCUGUCACCAUUCAAGGCUCCUGCGAAUGGCUCCCAACGCCCGGCGUCCGCCCGUGGCUGUCCCUGCUGCCUGAGCCCCCUGCUGCUCCCAAGGACUCCCCAUACCCCGAUGGGGUAACGUGACCCAGGACGCCGUCACUGCCCCGAACUUUUCAGUUAUCUACAGAGGCCUUCUCUCCCCAGUCGAGUUCAGUUUUACGUUGCUUCUGUUUCUUGGGGUUUUUUUUUUGUUUGUUUUUGUUUUUGUUUUAUUUUUAAACUUGGAUCCCUCUGUUCUUUUGAUUGCCCAAUCAGUGGGCACCCCAAGAGUGGGAGAGGGAAGGCUGAAGGAAAGGAGGCUCCUUUAGCAUUUGCCUGCUGCUGGCUGGGCCGGGCUGUGUACAGCUGUGCCCCACUGCCUAAACGGGGGCUCACAGAACAGCAGAUCUAUGGUCUUUGUCUUUGGGGCCCUCCCCUCCCCAUCCUACCCCAUAUAAGUAUUUGGCUUCAAGUUCUGGAGUCUUGGCCUGGUUGUUACGUGUAUAGGAGGGCCUUUUUGGGGGUAGGGGAAGGGGGUGUAUUUUUUUUUUAAGAGUCAGGCUUUUUGGUGAUUUUUUUUGUUUUUGUUUUUGUUUUUCUUUUUAACAGACUAGAACCCUUGUGACAACCGUAACACGUUUCCCAGAAGCCGAUAACAUUUGCACAACAUUUGUGUUGGUUUUGAGGGGUGUUGCUUUUUAACUCUUUUCCCCCCCCCACCCUCAAAAAGCACAGGGCUCUAUUUCUCUCAUCUGGGUGUUUUAUUUUAUUUUAAUUUUUUUUUUUUUUUGGUGGAGGUAGGGAUCUGACGGGCGCCCUGGUCCCUUUGUCCCUCCUUAUCCCUGAUCCCUCCUCUGGUCUUCUCCUCCCUGGCCCCUUUCUUACCUUCCUACUGCCACAAGAGGCCACACCAUGGCUCGGAUGAACCGGCCAGCCCCUGUCGAGGUCUGCUACAAGAACAUGCGGUUCCUCAUCACUCACAACCCUACCAAUGCCACCUUGAACACCUUCAUUGAGGAUCUAAAGAAGUAUGGGGCCACCACUGUGGUUCGGGUAUGUGAGGUGACCUAUGACAAGACCCCUUUGGAAAAGGAUGGUAUCACUGUCAUGGACUGGCCUUUUGAUGAUGGAGCUCCCCCUCCUGGCAAGAUCGUGGAAGACUGGCUCAAUCUGCUGAAAACCAAAUUUUUUGAAGACCCUGGCAGUUGUGUUGCUGUCCACUGCGUGGCUGGCCUGGGGCGGGCUCCUGUCCUUGUCGCUCUGGCCCUGAUUGAGAGUGGGAUGAAGUAUGAAGAUGCCAUCCAGUUCAUUCGACAGAAGCGAAGGGGUGCCAUCAACAGCAAACAACUCACGUACCUGGAAAAGUACCGGCCAAAGCAGAGACUCCGAUUCAAAGACCCACACAACCACAAGAAUAAAUGCUGUAUCAUGUAACCUCGGCAGCCUCUCGCCAAGCACACACACACCUGCCCCCACAGACCGACUCGACUCUCUCUCUCUCUCUCUCUCUCUCUCUUUCUCUCUCUCUCUCUCUCUCUUUCUCUGUCUCUCUCUCUCUGUCUCUCU